AUGGAGGAGGUCUCCAAGGAAACCCCGCUGGCCCCGCCGCCUCUGUUGGAGCGGCGGGUUCGCCAGCGGCAGCCCACAGCCUCAGUCCUCAAAUCCAAGCUGAAGCAGAGCGUUACCUGCUCCGUGCCCAGAGUGCGAUCCACCCUGACGGGAUUCUUCCCCGUGGUGCGCUGGCUGCCUAAGUACAAGCUCAGGGAGUACAUCUGGGGUGAUGUAAUGUCUGGGCUGAUAGUCGGCAUCAUCUUGGUGCCGCAGGCCAUCGCCUACUGUCUGCUGGCUGGUGUGGAGCCCAUCUACGGCUUAUACACUUCAUUUUAUGCCAACAUCAUCUACUUCCUCAUGGGGACAUCCAGACAUGUGUCAGUGGGGAUCUUCAGCCUCAUGAGCCUCAUGGUUGGACAGGUGGUGGACAGGGAGGUGUUCCUGGCAGGCUUCGACCUCAAUGAGGACUCCACACCAUCUAGUCCUGAUGUCUUUAACGGCACAUUUGGAACCAACCUGACCGACGGUCCAGCGCACACGGUGGAGCUGAUGGGUAUGCAGUGUGGGAAGGAGUGUUACGCCAUCAGCAUAGCGGCCGCUGUUACAUUCCUGGCUGGCAUCUACCAGAUUCUCAUGGCCAUAUUUCGGCUCGGCUUUGUCUCCGUGUACCUCUCGGCUCCCAUGCUCGACGGCUUUGCCACGGGAGCCUCGUUCACCAUCCUGACCGUGCAGGCGAAAUACCUGCUGGGUCUGAAGAUUCCACGUCAUCAGGGCUACGGCACCGUGGUGGUCACCUGGAUCAACAUCUUUGCCAACAUUCACAAGACCAACUUCUGUGAUCUCAUCACUAGUGCCAUCUGCAUCUCCAUUUUAGUGGCAGGGAAAGAGAUCCAGGAACGCUACAAAGAUCGUCUAAAGAUUCCUCUCCCAACUGAGCUGGUCGUGGUGGCAGGAGCAACACUGGCCAGCCAUUUCGGGGGGUUGAACAGCCGCUAUGGCUCCAGUGUUUCUGGUCACAUCCCCACAGGGUUCAUUCCUCCCCAGGUGCCUGCCUUCGGUCUGAUGCCACGAGUGGCGCUGGAUGCCAUUCCUCUGGCAGUCAUUAGUUUCGCCUUCACGGUGUCGCUGUCCGAGAUGUUUGCUAAGAAGAACGGCUACACCGUUCGUCCCAACCAGGAGAUGCUGGCCAUCGGCCUCUGUAACAUCAUCCCCUCCUUCUUCCACUGCUUCACCACCAGCGCAGCUCUGGCCAAAACCAUGGUGAAGGAUUCGACAGGCUGCCAGACACAGGUAUCGAGUCUGAUCAGCGCUGUGGUCGUCCUUCUCGUCCUCCUGGUCUUUGCGCCUUUCUUCUACUCUCUCCAGAAAUGCGUCCUUGCCUGUAUUAUCAUUGUGAGCCUUCGGGGGGCGCUGAGGAAGUUCAAGGACGUUCCAGCGAAGUGGCGCGCCAGCAGGAACGACGCCAUCGUUUGGCUGGUCACCAUGUCCUCCACAGCUCUGAUCAGUGUGGAGCUGGGUCUACUUGUCGGGGUUUUCUUUGCCAUGUCCUGCAUCAUCUUCAAGACCCAGAACCCCAAAGUCUCUCUCCUGGGCAGGGUCAGUGACAUUGAUCUUUACGAGGACUUGGAGGAGUACGAGAACCUCGUGCCACCACCUCGGGUCCAGGUCUUCCGCUUCCAGGCUCCCCUGUACUACGCCAAUAAGGACUCUUUCCUCAAAUCCCUCUACAAAUCUGUCGGAGUCGAACCUUUCCUAGAGAUGACUAAGAGGAGAAAGGCAGAGAAGAAGGCCAAAGAAAUGUCCAUGAAACACGCCAAGGCGAACGGAGAGAAAAACAACGGAGACGUGAUCGUAGGGCUCGUCCAAAGGGACCUGGACUUCCACACCAUAGUUCUAGAUUGCUCUGCCAUCCCCUUCAUAGACUCCACAGGCAUGGCCACUUUCAAAACACUGGUCAAGGAAUACAAAGAGAUCGGAGUGAGCGUGCUCCUCGCCAGCUGCAGCACCACAGUCAUCGACAUCCUGCAGAAGGGACAGUUCUUUGGGAAGAACGACAUAGACAUGAGCAGCCUUCUGUUUCACACAGUUCAUGCUGCAGUUCUUCAUGCCAACGGCGUGGCAGAGAGCCGACCAGAAGACUCUGUGGUGUAGAACAUCCAGAGAAGGAAGGAAAUAGGAAAAAUAUAACCGUGUGCCCCAUUUUUUCCUCUCCGUUGUGUGCCUGAAACUGACUUUAGGCGUUAGGUAGCACCAAGAGGGUGCCUUUAAGGGAGCUUUGUCCAAGAAAACAAAGGUACCAAGACUGUCCUAUUGCUGAACACUUUUUAAAGCUUUGUGCCCUUAAACACCAAUAAAACCUGAUCUGCCCGACAAGCCUUCUGUUAAAACCGUUUUUCUAGAUCUAAAGAGCUGGACUCAAGUUGAAAUUUAGUCAAGUUGGCCAAAGUAGAAGGAAAAUGAGGUAAAGCUACUAUAAAGUCACCAGACACACACAACAUUGGAACCACAUGCCAGAUAUUGUGCUGGUUCCCUUUGUGCUGCCAAAGCAUCUCUGACCCGUUAGACUACAGACGUGGGACCUUUGGGGUUGUCUUGCUGUGGCUGAUAUCAGCACAUUGGCUGCGCCUCCAUUGGGUCCUGUGGUUUACAGACUGGGGCCUCCAUGUGUAAAGCUUGUUCUGGUGGAUCUCACAGUUGCUCAACCACACUUGGAUCUGGGCAGUUUGGAGGCUGGGGCAUCUUGUCGUGUCCCCCCUGAGCUGUUUCUGAUUAUGUAAUAUGUCAGUGGUCUGCUUGGUGUUUAAACUGGUGCAGUGUAAUGUCCACAUGAAUUCUGGGACUCAAGGGUUCCCAGCAGUACAUCGCAUCCUAACGAGACAAUCUCUGGUACUCCCUUCCCCUGUCUGUGGUUUUAAUGUUGUGUUUGAUUAAUCAGCCAGUACUCCACAGACAAAUGGCAUUACAUUUUAUAAAACCCCGUUUUUAAAGGGCAAAAAUAAACAUUUUUAUAUAUAAUAACAUGUUGCAAAGGCACAUUAUUCAGUCUACUCAGUUCUCAGAUGUGUUAUGCUUCUUGCUAUUACAUAAUUCUGUUUCAGAUUCAGGUACAAAUAAAAAACGAGACACGAUUGCUUGAAGUCAUUCCACUGUGGUUACAGAUUUCCAGUUUAUGGCCCGUGUCAGUCGUGUUGCGUUCUCUCAUGAAGUUCCCUCUUCAGGAAGCAAAGUUAGCAGCAGGAAGGGAAAAUAACACCCACAGCUUUGUAGCUCAGUGAACAUCUGUGGCCUAUUUUUAAUCACUGAAUGGUUUUAGGAGCGUGAUACAGCAUUAAUGAUAUCAAACAAUGAUGCGUGUUGACAGAACAAGCGCUGCUGAAUCUGUAACCAGGUGCUGCUUUAGUGCACGGUUGUUGUAUGUUAGCAGGCACACGCGUGUUUUCCUUCAUUUCCAGGUUAGUUUCCACUCGGCUGAUAUGUUGUUUGUUUUUCAUGCAGCAGAUCUGUGACGCUGUAUGGAAACAUUAUUUAUUGCAAUGUAAGCUAUUUAAGCUUGAUAUCACCUCAAGUCAAAGUCCAUCAUGACUUUAAUCCCCGAGUCCAGAGUUCAGACUCUGAGCCACUACCGGGGCUGUUUCUUGAAGCGCCAACUGUUACGUUGGACCUCAAAUCAUUUCUGAAAAGCUGGUUAAGCUCUUCCUGAAGCACUCAUGCACGACGGGAUGAAAUACUUUACGUGACCGACGAGGACGAUGCGCCUCCUCGGCCUCUUUCUUACAGUCCUGCCUCCGGACCAGGACUCGUUACAACACACUUGUACUCUUGCCCUGUUCUGAUCAUCCAACAGGAACCGUCUCAAAACAUCUUUUCCACUCGCCUGAGAUCUGUGGACGAAAGCAAAACCUCACACGUGGUGUUUCUGUAAUAUAGUGAUGGCAGCAGGGCAUGCUGCACACAUCUGGUCAAACACUUCACUGCCAUCGGUUUGGUAAAAUAUUUUGUUGAUCAGACUUUUGUAUUGUGAACUAAUGUUUUUCUUGAUGUAUUGUUUCCUGUUGGGAGGGUCAAAUUUUUACUGAAAUUAUUUCUUGAAAGAAAUUAACCCAUCAUAUAUGUACUAAUGUAAUAUGUUCUUGUUGUUGUAACAAGAUGUAGAAGUGAUUGUUUUUAAAUUUAUAAAGUAAUUCUUUUCUUACAUGCAUUUUGUCAUUGAACAUUUUCAUACUUUGGUUUAACUGGAAUCCUGAUGUGAUCGUAGUUUUUGGGGGAAGUCUGUUUGACUUUUAUUUUUGACUUAGUGUUGACAUUCAACGUCCACAAACAGUUCUAAUGUUCAAUACUUGAAUUAAACUAACACGUCUUCAGUGA